CCCCCCCACGGAUCCACCCAUCAAGAUCCCCACCGGCCGGGAGCUCAGAUCGGCGGGGCAGCUCGCGCGGCCAGCUGGUGCGUCGUCGAAUCGAUUGAUCCGGGUCAAUUUCGUUCAAUCCCUUGUUGAGAAGGCCGGGAGGGAGAGGGAUCGAAGAUGUGGUUCACGGAGAAGGGGAAGAAGGGGGGACCGUCGACGCCGAGGGGGAGGAAGCGGGAGUUCCCCAUCCGAGCGGCGGACUACGAGCUGCUCGAGCCCAUCGGGGACGGCGCCACGGCUGUCGUGCGCCGGGCGCGGUGCCUGCCGCUCGGCGGCGAGAUCGUCGCCGUCAAGAUUAUGAACAUGUCGCAGCGCACGGAGUCCGACGUGAACAAUGCGACAGAGGAAGUCAAGACCAUGAUUAUGGUUGACCACCCAAAUCUUCUUAGUGCGUACUGCUCAUUCACCGAGGGUGAAACCUUAUGGAUCGUAAUGCCGUAUAUGUCUGGUGGUUCAUGCUUUCACUUGAUGAAAUCUUCGUACCCGAAAGGGUUUGAGGGCGAAAACUUCAUAGCAUUUGUGCUGCGUGAAGCAUUGAAAGGUUUAGAAUACCUUCAUGAAAAUGGUCACAUACAUCGGGAUGUAAAGGCUGGAAACAUACUUCUUGAUCAGGAAAAAGGAGUGAAACUAUCAGAUUUUGGAGUUACUGCCAGUCUUUAUGAUUCAAUUAUCAAUAGACAUGGCAAAAGAAAGACACUUGUUGGGACGCCUUGUUGGAUGGCCCCUGAAGUUAUGGAGCAAAAGGAUUAUGAUUUUAAGGCAGAUAUUUGGUCUUUUGGCAUAACUGCUGUUGAACUUGCUAUUGGUCAUGCUCCAUUUUCAAGUCAACCUCCAGCAAAGGUCUUUCUCAUGACGUUGACACAUGCUCCUCCAUCACUUAAUAACACAAAGGAGAAGAAAUUUACAGAAUCCUUUAAGAGUAUGAUUGCCACUUGUCUAAUAAAAGAUCCAACAAAAAGGCCAUCGGCAAAAAUUUUAUUAAAGCACCCAUUUUUCAGAAAAGCGAAGUCAGAACAUAAUGUCAUGAAAUGCAUGAUAAAUAAAUUGCCAUCGUUGGGUGAGCGGAUGCAAUCGAUAAAGGAGAAGGAAGAAAAGUUGCAAGCAGAGAAAAAACCCAAUGACAAAACCAAAGAGAAGGAGGAGUAUAGAAGGGGUGUGAGUGAGUGGAAUUUUGAUAUUGCGGACUUAAAAGCACAAGCUGCAUUGUACCCUGAUGGGAAUGAAGCAGAUGAUUUUUUACGUUUUCUAUUUGAAAUUGAUACCGUUGACGAAACUACUCCGCUACAAGAUAUCCAAACACAAAAUUGCUCUAGGAAUGAUGAGAAAAUGAAUAUAUGUGAUGAAGCAUCAGGACAAUCAAAUCCAACAAGUUCCUUGUCCUUAUCUCAAAGUGUGAAACAGCUCGAUAAAGGAAGCCUUAAUGGCCUUCUGCUCAAUGAGUCGUUGGAAAUUCAUCCUGUAUCACCUGCUAAGCAACUCACAAGAGCAGUUUCCACUUGUAAGGACAUUGACGAAUAUUUAGAGAAAACUUCCUUCCAAAAGGGUCGUUUUAAAGUAAUACAUGAUUAUAAUAAGCAGCUAGAAGGAGCAACACAAAGAGAGAAGGAGUUGUUGGAACGCAUUAAUAGUUUAGAGCGAAUGCUUCUUGCAACCCAAGAUGAGGUCGAGCGGCUUAAAGCAAAGGAGACAAAAGGAGCAGAGGCAUGCCUACAACAACAAUAGCAAUGAAAAUAAAAGCUACUUUGGGUGAUACUUGUUAUGAUAAGAGUAGUUAUAGUAUAUAUGCAUAGCUCUUAUUAUCUUAAGAGUUUACUAAGUUGGUUGGUAUGGUGGAUGUUUCUCAUUUUUUAAGCUAAGCUACUUUAGCAUCAAUUAAUAAGAAUUUGUUUAUGCAUUAUGUCUUAUUUCGUAA